UGCCGUUGAGCUCGAGGAGCCCGUCUCUCUCGUCCGGCUCGACCAAGGCCGCGCCAGUCGCCCCUUCCCCGCUCGUCUGCCAGCCGCCGCCGCGCCCACAUCGGGGGUCUGUCACGCGCGACGGGAGCUGCCCCCACACCCCUCGAUUUCGCAGGCGGGUGGUGGGAUUAUGCGCCACCUGCUCCUGCCCCGCCGCCUUCUCGCCAUGGCUCCCCUCUCCGCUUCCGCCGCGACCAAAGCUCUCCUGCUAAACCCAGCCCGAGGCCGCCUCCCCUCCUCGCUCGCGUGCCUCUCCGCCCAUGGCGCCCGCUCGUUCCGCGCCGCCUCGCUCCGCUGCUAUGCCGCCGCCGCGGUGGCCGAGCAGCACCGAAUCAAGGUCAACAACCCCAUCGUCGAGAUGGACGGUGACGAGAUGACGCGGGUAAUGUGGAAGAUGAUAAAGGAUAAGCUUAUCUUCCCGUACCUGGACCUGGAUGUUAAGUACUUCGACCUUGGGGUGCUCAACCGGGAUGCCACCGAUGAUAAGGUCACUGUCGAGAGUGCCGAGGCUACUUUGAAGUAUAAUGUUGCUGUUAAGUGUGCUACAAUUACUCCUGAUGAAACAAGAGUCAAAGAGUUCAAGCUCAAGUCAAUGUGGAGGAGCCCAAAUGGCACCAUCAGGAACAUCCUAAAUGGAACUGUUUUCCGGGAGCCUAUCUUGUGUAAAAAUAUUCCACGGAUACUUACUGGUUGGAAGAAACCCAUUUGCAUAGGAAGACAUGCAUUUGGAGACCAGUAUCGAGCUACCGAUAUGAUUAUUAAUGGUCCAGGAAAGCUUAAGAUGGUUUAUGUGCCUGAUGGAGCUGAGCCGGUGGAGCUAAAUGUUUAUGAUUUCAAAGGGCCUGGAGUCGCAUUAGCAAUGUAUAAUGUGGAUGAGUCUAUUAGGGCAUUUGCUGACUCAUCAAUGGCAAUGGCCCUGUCCAAGAAAUGGCCUCUUUAUCUGAGCACCAAGAACACAAUACUAAAAAAAUACGAUGGCAGAUUCAAGGACAUCUUUCAGGAGGUAUAUGAAGAGAAUUGGAAGGAGAAGUUUGAGGAAAACUCAAUAUGGUAUGAGCACCGGUUGAUUGAUGACAUGGUGGCAUAUGCUGUGAAAAGCGAGGGUGGAUAUGUCUGGGCAUGUAAAAACUAUGAUGGAGAUGUUCAAAGUGACUUCCUUGCCCAAGGUUUUGGUUCUCUGGGUUUGAUGUCAUCUGUUCUGUUAUCUUCUGAUGGGAAGACAUUAGAGGCAGAGGCUGCUCAUGGGACUGUCACUAGACAUUUCAGGUUACAUGAGAAGGGACAGGAGACGAGUACCAAUAGCAUAGCUUCUAUAUUUGCUUGGACUCGUGGGCUAGAGCAUAGAGCAAAGCUGGAUAAUAAUGAUAGGCUGCUGGAUUUCACACAGAAGCUUGAAUCUGCAUGUGUUGAAACAGUGGAAUCUGGGAAAAUGACAAAGGAUCUUGCACUUCUUAGCCAUGGCACCAAGGUAACAAGGGAGCAUUAUCUGAGCACCGAGGAAUUCAUUGAUGCUGUAGCUCAGCAGCUGCGGGAAAAGAUCCAGAUACCAGCCUCUUUGUAAUUUUCACCAUGUGCAUAUGUUAUUUCUAGCUGGAAGCCUCUGGAGGUUCAAGUUCACUCUGGCUGUGCGCAUUCGUCACGUAUUUUGAUUGAGAUGAUGAGAUGGAGGAUCCGAUCCAGUUGUGUUGUCUCGAAGCAAUUUUUGUAAGGCCUGAAGUGUUAAUAAUCUGCUAUAUGCAUCAUAUCUCUUUGGCGUUUGUUGGGUAAAUAAUGGUCCAUAGGCCAAAUUAGACUUUGAAUUGAAUGGACUUCAAUAUAUAUGUAGAUUAUUAGCCUUC